UUUUAGGGAAAUGAUCGUUAUCUGUUGAUACCGUUUUUAUACAGGACAUUUAAUAACCACAUCAAGAGGUCCUGAAUUUCAAAACAAAUGAAAUGGCGGCGAUCAGAAGAUGGAGUCUGCGACAGUUAUUGUCGCCACGAUCGGUUGCCUAUUACAGGCUACCUAACACAGGGAAAAAUCGUCUCUACUUGUCAUGCCACGACCAAAGUAGCAAAACAACACAACUCCUUCAUCAGCCAGGUGUGAAUCUCUUCGUGCGAAGCUUGUCCGUUCAGACUCUGGACACUCCAAAUCCCAGGAGUUUGAAAUUCCUUCCUGGCAAACCUGUUUUGGGAACAGGGACGCUGGAUUUUCCCAAAAAGAGCACAGCUGAAUGUUCUCCAUUAGCCAGGGACCUCUUUCAGGUGGAAGGAGUGAAGAGUGUGUUCUUUGGCCCUGACUUCAUCACAGUGACUAAGAGGGAUGAUGAUGUGGAGUGGGCAGACGUCAAGCGUAACGUGAUUGAGACCAUCACAAAAUUCUUUGAGAGUGGAAGUCCCGUAACUGUGGGAGAGACGCACAUGGAAAGCAGCCUGUCUGAAGAGGAGGAGGAUGAGGUUAUUUCCAUGAUUAAAGAGCUUCUAGAUACACGCAUAAGGCCCACGGUGCAGGAGGAUGGUGGUGAUGUCAUCUUUAAGGGCUUUGAGGAUGGCACGGUGAAGCUGAAGCUGGUUGGCUCGUGCACGGGCUGCCCCAGCUCAGCUGUCACCCUGCGCAGCGGGAUCCAGAACAUGCUGCAGUUCUACAUCCCCGAGGUGGAUGGGGUGCUGCAGGUGGAAGACGAGCUGGAUGAGGUGAAUGAGCGUGUGUUUACAGAACUGGAGCGGAAACUCCAAGACUCCUAAUGCUCCUGACCACACCUGCAUACUGCAUAUAUAUAUAUAUGUGCUGCACACACACACGCUCACACAUGCGCAUACCAUGCUAGCUCGAUUAUUAUAUCUUUUACUGUAUAUUUAAGUUAUUGGCACUCCAAAAAUCUCAAGUCAUUCUGAAAAUCCAAAUGGAAUUCUGAAGGGUUGGUAUAUAUUUUUUAAUCUGUUACAGAGAAGCCGUGGUAUUUUAUCACUUGCUUCAUGUGAAACUGUAAAUACUGAAGAUUAUUACUUUGAAGUACGAAUGGAGGCACCUGUGGUCCAAUCACUAGGCAGUUUGAUGUAAAAGGUAUUUAUGAAUCUAACAGAUGAAAUGCACUGGAAAACUGAUGCUGUUUGAGGUCUUUACCUCUGAGGCCAAAAUGACCUUCCAUGUCCAUUAAAUUGGUUUCUAGAAUGUCCCUCUGUAAGCUGUAAGGACCUAUUUGUCAACAUUCAUUAUUCAGAUUUAAAAUGAAAAGUGUUCAGUGAAUUAUUUUACUGCUCCUAAAUUCAUCUGCUCAAUAUUUGUCUGUAACCUGAAGUCGGCAGUGUUCUGUAAAUUGCUAUUAUGUCCCUGUGUUACUGUUGGCUGUAUGUGUAUUCAGUCCUGGGCAGGUCUUCAUUCUGUAUCAUUUGACAGAUGCUGUAGUGCUUUCAUCACUGAAUUCAAAACACCUUUGUUUUGUACAAGUGAAAAGGUAUAGACAUGAAAAUCAUAGUUUUUUUCCACCAUACAAUUUCACAAAGUACAAAAAAAUGUCAGUGACCACUCUAUUCUACUCUGAAAUAUCUUUGUUGCAGUCUCCUGUAAAAUGUAUUGUACACAUAAAAGUGAAUUUAUUAGGUAGACCUGUAAACCUGUUAAUGCAAUCAUCUCAUCAGCCAAUCAUGUGGCAGCAACUCAAUGCAUAAAAGCUCAUUAGGGUUAUCCCUGCAAAGGUAGGAUUAAAGGUGUAAAGAAUUGUCA